AUCUAUUUCCAAUAAUACACUGUAAUCUUUGGUCGCAGGUUGAUUUUUCUUUUGUUUUCUACUUCUAGCCUAGCAAACCAAAGCAAAGUCGUUCUUCAUUGGUGGUUUAAGUGCACAAUUGGCUAAGUAUGUCUUGGAGGGACAAUGAAGAUCCUCCAAAGGAGUUUGCUGAUCUGCUUAAUCAAGAGGAGCUUGAUGAAGGAGAGAGUUCGAGUGGAGAGCUGGACAGUGAUGAAGAGGAGCUUAUGGAGAUUGAGAUGCUGGAUACUAGUGGAGGAGAGGAAGAGGAAGAUGAGGAGUCAGAACCAGAGACUCCAAGAUUAACACCUCGCACACCACCAGAGCGCCGCCAGAGCAUACUGCAUAUGGAUGAAGGAAAACCGCAUCAAUCUCGUGACAGGUCACGGUCGCCAGUCAGGCUCAAUUUUUCGCCAGAAGAGGAGGCAAUGGUGCUAGUAAUGAAUGGCGAAGAUGGAGUGGUAGAGAAAGGUGCCGGCGUCUUCUUAGCCCCGGAUGCCCACGUCAUGUAUGUUUCCCCUGAGGAGCGUGAUAGGAAUUUAAGAAAUGAGAGGUAUGAAAGAAGAAUGAGUGGGCGAAGGGCCGUUAGGGGCGCGCGAGGACAGAGUGGACGUGGGCGUGGGCAUCCGAGCCAGGGCCGGAGGGGGAACCUUAGGUGGGAGGUGGGACACCCACUUAAUGAAAUUUGGACGACAGAUGCAGACGUCCCCUCGGAAUUGGUAAGUUUGGCGAGGGAUGUAAUGAGGAGACGUAAGGAGAGUAUACAAGAUGCUGAACGUAACGCUGAACGACAGAUUGCUGUUAGCGAGAGCGAGAGCGAUGAGGAAUAUCUUGAUGCCCUUGCUGGAGAGGAUGGUCUCCCAAGGCUGGAAAGCCAGAACCUCCACUUUGAAUGGUCUACCAUGGAGACCUUUCAAGGUAAGGAGGAAAAUUUUAGACAAGAGCGUACUGGUUCUGUGCUUAGCCACAGUUCGGCUUAUGAUGCGUUUCGCUCUUUUUGGGGCGACGACAUCUUAGACCAAAUUGUAACUGAAACGAACCGAUACGCUACUAAAAUUGUAUCCUCCUCUUUCCAGUCUAAUUGGUCGCCAACAAAUAGUCAUGAAAUUUUGUGCCUCUUUUCGUUCUGGAUGAUGCUGGGGAUCAUCAAAAUGCCAACGAUCACAAGUUGCUUUUCUGGUGAUCCCCUUAUGAGAACAGAAGUUUUCAGACGCAUCUUCACACGAAGGAGGUACGAAAUAUUAAUAAAGGCCUUAAAUUUUACUGAUUCCGACCCCUCUAUUAACGAUUCAAAUCCCUCUAACACUGGUGUUGCAAACUUGGAUCGAUUACACCAUUUGAGACCAAUAAUUACACAUUUAAAUUCAAAAUUUCAGUCGAAUUAUAUUUUAGAUAAAGACAUUUGCAUAGAUCAGAGACUGACACUUUGGAAAGGAAAAAGUCGGUCCAAGGCUGCAAAGUUUGGUAUCAAGACCUUUGAGCUUUGCGAGAGUACCACCGGAUAUCUGUGGUCGUUCAUUGUUUACACCGGUAAACAAUCCGGAAUGGAUGUGGAGCAGUUACCUGGGGUACUCAAAAGUACAGCUAUUGUGAAAAAGCUCAUUGGUCCCCUACUAAACAAAGGCUAUAGAUUGUUUGUGGACAAUUGUUAUAAUUCACCCCUAUUAGCGAGAUAUCUUAAGCUCAAUGGUACCGACUGUGUUGGUACCUUGAGGUCUUCACGUGCAGAUGUUCCCGUCGUAAUAAAUAAGGCUUCACUUAAAAAGGGAGAGUAUAUUGCGAGACAUUCCGGUGAUGUCUCAAUAUUAUCUUGGCAAGACAAAAAACGAGUAACCAUGAUAUCUACUUGUCAUGGUUCAUCCACUGCCUUACCUACGGUCUCUUCUAGACCUAAAUCUCGGCCAAUACCAUUUAAACCUCAAAUGGUACUAGAUUACAACAAAUUCAUGAGGGGAGUAGAUUUGAAAGAUCAAAUGCUCGAGCCUUAUUUAUUACAAAGAAAACGUGGUCCUAAAUGGUUCAUAAAACUAUUUAAACGCUUCCUUAACAUUUCUGUUCUUAACGCACGUAUUCUCCUCCAGUCAUCAACACAGAAACAUCAACACCACUUAGCUUUCCGCCUUCAGCUUGUGGACUCCAUCCUCUCAAAACACUUGGCAUUUUGUCCGAAAGGGCGUGCUAAAAUACCUGUUACAGCCCAACGGACCAACCCUGGAAGGUACAUAGUAUCUACUCACUGGCCUGUCUUUCAUGAGCCGACUGCGGGCAGUACUGCGCGCAAUCGCCAUCAUAUCAUGCGCUGUGUUGUCUGCCUCAGCGAAGGCAGAAAAUCACAGCGCUCUCGAUAUCGUUGCGAAUCUUGUGACGUGGCACUGUGCGUAGAAAACUGCUUCAAAGCUUAUCACACACCACCCACACAAUAGCUUCGAUCUGCACUUCUCUUUCAUUUCUUUCCAAUUGUUCACAAAGAACUAUAAUAUGAAAGCAGAGUGAAAGGUGAAUGUAAUGUGAGGUCAUAUAUUUUAUUGUUUAUUGUAUUUUUUGCAUGUACAAUUCACAAUUAAUGGUCCAAACAUGUGGCAAUUGGCAAAUGGCAAAAUGGUAAAACGCCACAAAUUAGGCGUGCAAAUAUUUUUAAAAUUAAGUAAUAUGAUAUAAAUGUUCAAAUUAUUAAUGCUGCAUGUUAAUUUGAUUGAAAACAAAAAUUACCAUAACUAUACCAAUACUGAAAUUCUCAAGUCAUAUAAAUAAUAAAAUAUUUAAUUAAAGUGUAUGUCUAAUUGUGAAAAUAUAAUAAAUUAGUCAAAUUAAUUUUAAUUUAUAAAAGUCAUUUAAUUCGUAAAUACUAUUUUGUACAGGUAUCUCAAUUUUAUUUCUUUUACGACCACUUUUUUCUCAGGAAAUGGAGUAAUAUUCUUUUUCACAAAUAGACACAGCUCGAAAAUUAUAUUAAGGUAACAUCUUAGAUACAUAGAUAAUAAGUGUCAAAGGGUAACAUCCAUGGUUCCCGCGGAAUUUGUGAAAAGCUGAAAUCCACGCGAACGUAGACGCGACGCGUCCGCUAAUUCUAUUAUACAAAAGUGCGGAAAAUGGCAAUAUCUUAAUUUUUUUGAAUAGUGGCUUCAAUAAAAUCAACUCCACAAACAGUAUGGGAGGCAACUUUUUUGAGCUCUGAAAGCUCUUAUUAUCUCUACGUAAUCACCCCAUAAUAUAAGACCACUAGCGGACGUCCGCGACUUCGUCCGCGUGGAAUUCAGUUUUUCAAAAAUCACACGGGACCCAUGGAUUUUUCCGGGAUGAAAAGUAGCCUAUUUGUUAAUUCAGAGUGAAAUCUAUCCGCCUAUAUAUAAGUCGCCUCCGUGGCGCAGCAGAUUUACAAAAACGGAGGUCCUGGGUUCUAUCCCUGGCUGGGCAGAUUGAGUUCUUAAUUUGUCGAGGUCUGGCUGGUGGGAGGCUUCGGCCGUGGCUAUUUACCACCCUACCGGCAAAAACGUACCAUCAAGCGAUUUAGCGUUCCGGUACGAUGCCGUGUAGAAACCGAAAGGAGUGUGGAUUUUCAUCCUCCUCCUAACAAGUUAGCCCGCUUCCAUCUUAGACUGCAGCAUUACUUACCAUCAGGUGAGAUUGUAGUCAAGGGCUAACUUGUAAAGAAUAAAAAAAAAGUAUCAUAGGCAUACAUGACAGGAACAACAGGAACUAUGUGGGUGAAACCGCGGGGCGACUUUAGCGGAAUUUUUUUCGCUUUUUAGAAAAUUUGUAUUUUCUCCGAAACUAUAUGACUAAUUAACAUAUUGUAAAAGGCAAAUCUUAUCUCUUUAUUAUCCUCUUGAUUAUUAAGUAAUUUAUUUUGAUAAGAAUUUAACUUUAGUGGUGUAAAUAAUGACGUAAACUUUAGUAUAAGAUUUAAAUAAUUUAUUAAAGUACAGAAGGUACUAUAUGUACUAAAAUAAAGAAGAUAAAUAUAUGCUGUCGCGACAUUUUUUGUAGAGAUUUAUGUUUAAGUUGUAGUACAUUAUGUUAUUUUAAUUUUUGCAGCGCACGCCAUAUAAACAAAACUUUUGUACACCUUGGGUUACAUUAUUGGAAUUUAAGGAAAGAUCCCUAUUUUUUUUUUAAAUAAAAUAUAGCCUAUAGCCUUCCUCGAUAAAUAGGCUAUCUAACACUGAAAGAAUUUUUCAAAUCAGACCAGUAGUUCCUGAGAUUAGCUCGUUCAAACAAACAAACUCUUCAGCUUUAUAAUAUUAGUAUAGAUUCGCUCGCAAAGGGUCUCAUAAUUUCCUAAUUUCAAUAUUACCCGAUAUUACAGCUUGCGUUUUGCGAUAACGCACAAGCAUUAACACACACGAAACGAAACGAAUUGAUACAAUAAUAUUUAAUAUCUUAAUUAUUGCCAGUAUAAUAAAAAAGCAAUUAAUCAUA